AUUUGUUCGUUUUAUUAAAUGCUCAUAUAAAAUUACAGCUCGGAAUCUUUGGAACGCAUCAGCAAUGCUGUGCUAAGACAUUAAACGUCUUUAAUAUUUGUGGCCUAAGAAUUUCAAAGAAUUCAAUAAAUCAAGAUGAAUAAUCAAGCAUUCAGUUUAGCUGAAGGGCUUAUUCCUUCAAUUUAUGUGCAACAAGGUUUAAAUGCAAAAAAAGCACGAGAAAAUCUUAUAAGACAUUUUAUUGAACAUCAAAAGUGGCCAGAAGAGGGUUGGGAUGAUGCAACAAUAGAAGCUUUCCUCUCAGAUCUAUCACAAAUGGAUAGCAACAAUUUUCCUUCUAAUUGUAGCGUUGGAGAACGAGAAGCAAGAAUUGUAUCAAACAUAGUUGCAAGGCGACAUUUUCGAAUGGGUCAUGGCAUAGGUAGAUCAAGUGAUUUAGAAGAGGUGCAACCAAAAGCUGCAGGAAGUAGCCUAAUGUAUAAAUUAACAAAUGCUUUAGUCCUUGAAGUUAUUCGAUAUAUGGGUGUCAAAAGUAUAGCAGGUUGUUUUUUGUCACCUAUGGCUACAGGCAUGAGUUUGGUGUUAUGUAUGUUAACAUUUAAGCAAGAUAGACCACGUGCAAAAUAUGUCCUAUGGCCUAGAAUUGAUCAAAAAUCAAGCUUUAAAUCAAUAAUAACAGCUGGAUUAGAACCAAUUGUUAUUGAAACUAAAAUAAUUGGAGAUGAACUAAAAACAGAUAUGCAAAGACUUGAAUCUCAAAUGGCAGCUUUAGGUGAAAGUAUUGCUUGUGUGCUCACAACAACUAGUUGUUUUGCACCUAGAGCAUGUGAUUCUGUUGAUUCUAUUGCAGCACUUUGUACUCAAUAUAAUAUUCCUCAGUUAGUAAAUAAUGCAUAUGGCUUACAGAGUACAAGAUGUAUGCAUUUGAUUCAAGAAGCAUCACGUAAAGGUCGCGUUGAUGCUUUUGUUCAAAGCACAGAUAAAAAUUUUUUAGUACCAGUUGGUGGUGCAAUUAUUGGUUCAUUUGACAAAAAUCUUUUAGAUCGUAUAUCAAAAAUGUAUCCAGGUCGUGCAAGCGCUAGUUCAAUUAUGGAUGUAAUGAUAACAUUACUAAGUUUAGGAAUGACCGGUUAUAAACAAUUAAUAACACAACGUAAAGAAAUGUAUGCAUAUUUAAAGGAAGAACUUGGAAAAUUAGCAGCAAAACAUGAUGAAAGAUUGCUAGACACUAAAGGAAACCCAAUAUCGAUGGGCAUGACUCUUCAAUGUUUAAGUCACCAGCAUGAUAAUAAGCAAGUUACAACAUUAGGUUUGAUGUUAUUUCUUCACAAUGUUAGUGGUACAAGAGUAAUAACAACAACAGAAACUAAGCAUAUUGUUUCACAUAAAUUUGAAGGUUGGGGAGCACAUAAUAGUAAUUACCCAGUACCAUAUUUAACUGCUGCUGCAGCUUUAGGUAUGAAGAAAUCAGAUGUGGAUAUGUUUAUACAACGAUUAGAUAAAGCUUUGACUAAAGUAAGAAGGCGUUCAGCUCCAGUUACACCAACAGCAUCUCUUACUGGGUGUAGUAUUAAUGGAGAUGCUGGAGGUACUGGUGGUCCUGGUGAAUCUAGCACUGCUUCAACUAGCAGAGCAAGUAGUAAGGAUAGCUUGCGAAAAUGAACCGUAAUCAACGCAACUGGC